AUGUAUGUACCUCUGUGUCUUCAGCUGAAGACCCAGACUCUGGUCCUGGGUCUGAGCGACCCAGGAUCUCUGACCAGCUAUGGCCUUAUGUUAUAUUAUUUGUAUUGUAUAUAUAUUUUUGGUGUUGCUGCCACUACUGUUUGUGUGUGUAUAUAUGUGUUUGGCUGUAAGAGGAUGUCAAGCACCUGCAGACCUGGUGGGUGUGGCCCUGCUGGCGGCCUGGCCACACCCAAAGCCACACACCUGCUGCUGAUCAGGGCUCGUCGGGGGAGCUACUUAGGAGAGUCUUGGAGCUCCCACCGACGCGGGAUCAUUGCGUUAGACUCCACGAGAAGUGUGGUGCGCCAGACAGCAGCCAGCACGCGGAGUGCUGAGACACGGGAGCGGAGAGCACUGAGACACGACACGGGAGUCAGGGGAAAUCACAGGGGAUUUAUUGUCAUUAUUCCAUUCACUGUAAAUAAAGAGCACCGUUUGCAUCGUAGAGUACCGCGACUGGGUCCUCCUUUCCCCACAUCCCCACGGUCCGCCAUGCCAGACCGUGACAGAAUGAUCCCGCCUAACAUGGACCCAGCGGUCUCUGAGGAGAGGCUCAGGAAGGAGGUGAUGGACAAAGUUUACCGCCUAUGCGAGUCGUGGUGGGAGAAGCCCGGAGAGGUAUUGCGUCGCGCCGUGGAGAGGCGGCUGCAGGAAACGCUUUGUAAAUUCCCCUGGCUGGUGGACUCCCUCAAUCCAGUCGUUCUGGAUUUCUUGCUCUCGACCCUCCACCUCCACUCUCCUCCUCAGGCUGCUCACCAGCCCGGACAGUUGGUGGAUUCACAGCCUGAGACGCCGGCCCCGACAUCUACUCGGAAACGAUGUUCUCGCCGCCGGCGUUCCUCACCGCAGCCGAAUUCCCGGACAUCUCAGGAGCCGGCUGUGGUGAGUGAUAAGGACACUUUUUCAUUUCUCACCUCAUCUGCUUAUUUGUUUCCAGUGGAUGGCGACACGGCUGACGCGGCUGUAAGCCAGCCUACUGUGCAGCUAGCGUCGCCUCAUUCAGCAAUCUCCACACCGCUCACCUCUUCACCAUCUGUAGCAGUGCCGCCUGCUACGACACCACCCGGACCUGCUCGGCCCGAGCCGGAGGAGCCCGUGCUGCCCGAGCAGGAGCUCAGCGGGCCGGAGCAGCCAGCACCGCCGCCGGAGGCGCCAGCGUCGGAGCUGGAGCUCAGCGAGUUGGAGGAGAGAUCGCUCGCGCAACUCUGGGAUUACUGCCGGAGCGUAAUCCAGGCUGUAGACCCACACAAGAGACAUAUACAGUUUAAGGGGGAGCUCUAG